AUAUCGAGCGACAGACUUAUGUUUUUGUUUUAGUGACGAGGUUCGACCUCAAGAUGUAAACUAAAGGUGUGUGACCAUACCAGGACACCAGGGAAGCGUUGAUGAUACGAGUAAUACCAGUGAUAGUGAGGCGGAAAAAUGGGGGGAGUUAACUCGACUGAGAAAUGGCACUGGGAUGGGAACACAGGAAACAUACGAUUUUCGAGUUGUGAUGAAACACGACAGUAUGCAAUCAUCACCAAGCCAUCUCAAAGUAGUAAUGAAGACAAAGGCCCAGAUGAAAUUUUGAAAUCUUUGAUGAAAAAGUGGGACCUGCAAACUCCAAACGUCCUCAUCUCUGUGACAGGAGGUGCCAAAGGGUUUGAUAUGGUCACUCACAAAAGAACAAUAUUCAAGAGAGAACUUAUCAAGUUAGCCAGAAAAAUCGAUAUGUGGGUUGUGAGUGGAGGAAGUGACUGCGGUAUCAUGAAAGAGGUUGGUGAGGCUGUCCGUGAUGCCAAUUUCCUGAAAUCAAAUUCCGUUGUUGCCAUUGGAAUAGCUACAUUUGGUGUGGUAGCGUAUCGGGAAGCUCUUCGUAAAACAGUUGACAAAGACGAAGUGUACUCGACACCAACGGAACUAAAUAUGAAUGAAAAUGAAACAUGUUUGGACCCAAACCAUACACACUUUUUGCUAGUGGAUGAUGGAACGCAAAAGCAAUUUGGAAAAGAGAUAACAUUUAGGACCGGGAUCGAAAUAGCGGUUUCAAAGCUGAGAACUGCAAAAACAGAGGCUAUGGUCCCUGUGGUUUUAUUGGUGGUAGAAGGAGGCCCAAACACAAUCAGAACCGUUACAGAAGCAGUCCGUGGCGGGAUCCCGACAGUGCUUAUUAAGGGUUCUGGAAAGGCUGCUGACGUUUUAGCUCUAGCUUGUGAAUGUGCAGAAAAACCUAAACCAGAGAGAAAAAAGUGGGAAACAGAAUAUCAAAAAUUGUCAGGGGUUACUGAAGAGCUUGGAUUGGCCGUCCAAGAAUGCGUCGAGAAGCGACACUUGAUUAAGGUGUUUGAUAUGACAGACACCACAAAUAUCCCGAGUGAUAUGGGCGAUGUUAUACUGACGGCACUGAAGGACGUGGAGAGAGAAAAUAAGGAUCUCAGUCAACUGAAGCUUACACUAUACUGGAACAGAAUCGACACUGCCAGGGACAUUAUGCGACAUAUUACGCGAGAUAAGCUGAAGACAGUUUUCGAAGACGAGGACAUGAUUACGACUGCUCUUGUGCUGGACAGAUUUGACUUCAUGGAAAUAUUUCUAGACAAAGGGAAGGACAUGACGAGCUAUUUGACCAGGGGAAUGCUUCAAACAUUGUACCAGGAGAUUCCAAAGGAUAGCUCUCUGAGAAAUAUUCUGUGGAAGCUUCAGAACAUAACCCGUUUAGAAAAAGAUGAAACUUGUUUAGAAAACAUAGGAAAACUGAUUUCACACCUUCUUGGAAAGUUUUAUGAUGUUCAUCCCAUGUACACAAAGACAGACACCAUGACCUUAUCUGACACCACAGACAACCCAUUUCUUCACUUGAUGGUAUGGUGUAUCCUCACGCACCGACACGAAAUGACAAAGCUGUUUUGGAAAUAUGGAAAGGACCAAGUCGCGGCUGCAUUGGUUGCUUAUGGACUGCUGAAGAAAAUGGCGCUGAUGGUUGAAAAUAAAGACAUAGAAACUUCCAUGAACAACAAUGCAGAUGAAUUUUGCCAGCUUGCACAAACGAUGUUGAGCAGAUGCAAAGAAUCAAAUGAAAAGAAAACGACGGAAAUGCUUUCAAAGCGGAUGGACAACUGGGGCAACGCCACGUGUAGACAGAUCGCAAGGAUGACAGAAAACAGAAGUUUUGUCGCUCAUCCCUUCUUCCAGUCUUUGUUGAGUGAAGAGUGGAUGGGCGAGUUAUCGCUUCUAAAUCGAUGGAAAUGGGUUAAAUUUCCACUCUGUAUUAUACCUCCAAUGCAGCUACUAAUACCGUGUCUCAUCAGAUUCAAAGAUGAUGAUCAGAAGGAGCAAAGAAACAGUAAGUCAUCAACCAGUACUAGCUGUUGCGGAAGAUCAAUGUGCCCCUGUGAAAAGAUUAUGAGUUUCUACAAAGCACCUGUCGUGAAGUUUGUGGGAAACUCUAUGAUCUAUGUAGCAUUCUUAAUGCUAUUUGCCUACACUCUUCUGUCCAAAUUUGACACUAAUUUAACUGUAUUUGAAGUGGCAUUAGCGGUGUGUGUUACCGUUUUCUUUUUUGACGAACUACUCCAGUUGAAGUCAACAGGGCCUGAAACAUAUUUUCGUAAUAAAUGGAAUUAUUUCGAUAUUUCCGGAGUCAUCCUGUUCGUUGGCGGGUUUUGCCUGUAUAGCUAUGAACCGACAUUGGGCCUUGGACGUAUGAUUUGUUCCCUGUCAUUUGUAUGUCUUUCUCUCAGUCUCAUUGGAAUGUUUUCACUUCACGAGAACAUUGGACCACAACUACAGAUGAUUAAAAUGAUGACCUUUGACCUUAUAUCCUUUCUGGCGAUCCUACUGGUUUGUGUGAUAACCUAUGCCAUUGCCGCUUAUGCCAACCUGUACCCUGCCUCAAAGAUUGACCGGGAUCUUAUCAUCAAUCUACUCCGUAUUCCAUACUGGAAUCUGUACGGAGAACUGAAUCUGGAAGUAUUUGAAAUGAAAGAGCCAGAUUGCAGUUUCGACCGACAAAUCUUCGAGAAUGGUACCCUUCCUCGGUGUCCGACAACAAUGGGUACAUAUCUGGUACCGUUAUUGAUGGGAUUCUACAUGCUGUUCGCAAGCGUUCUUCUACUAAAUCUUCUCAUUGCAAUGUUUAGUAACUCUUACGCGAAAGUUCAAGCUGAAACACACCUCCAUUGGUGCUAUCAGCGACUCACGCUCAUCCACGAAUGCUCAAGCCGUCCACGAAUUCCGCUUCCCUUUAGGAUGACAUCAAAAGUUCUUCAAAUGUUUUGUUGCUGUUUUUUGUCCUGCAAUAAAUGUAGGAGAAAGACAAAUUACGAGGCAGCUGCCGUGUCAGAUCCAACGGACGACAAGAAAUGUAACUCUCUGACAUUAUGGGAGAAGGCUGUGGCAAAUGAAUUCCUGCAAGAUCUCAGGAAAUUGUAGUUAAAGGACAAAAUUACAAGUCAUUCGCGUAUAGCUGACCAUUAGCUCUUCAGUUUUUGUAAAGAGGUGCCCAGAUGAAUUAUAAGACUAUUACCUCCUUCUCCGUCUAGUUUGAAUAUCCUAGCGACAAAAAUAUAAGACUCAAUUUUAUCGGUAAUUCUCUUACUCUGGAGACGCUUAUGGGCGGCCGUUUUAGGAUAAAAUACAGAAAUUACUUAAGUGCAAAAAAAGCCAAAUGGCCAUAUAAAGUAAAAGCCUCCUCCCCCCGCCCAGGCCUGAUAAUGAAAAUGGAUGAUAAUCUAGGGAUAAAUUUAUUACAGCCUUAAGUGUCACAGUAGUUUUUUGCACUUAAGUGUAAAAAAAGUUUUUUUGCAAGUUGUUUUGCACUUAAGUGUAAAAAAAAGUUUUUUGCACUUAAGUGUAAAAAAAAGUUUUUGCACUUUACUUUCCCCCUACAGAGAAACAUACCAAUUUAUGCUCAUCUAUUACUCAGCAAUGGCCAAGUUUGCAGUAUUUGGGAGCAGCUAUGUUACUCCUCUUGAGAGAUGUUGUCAUGGUGACCUUAAGGAAAAUAAUGAUAACAAAUGUGUUUUAGAAAAAAAAAAUCUAAAUCUCUAUUUGUUGGGUAAUUCCCAAAAUGCAAGUAAUAUAUAAAAAAAAUCAUAACUGUCAAAGUUAGUAAUUAAAUUUAAUUUCCAAUCUUGUCCACUAUUAUGAAAUGUUAUAUUUAUUCAUACUAUUGUUUCGUAUGCAUGUUCAGAUUCGAUCGCAAGACAAUUACUUGAUAGAGUACAACCCUGAUGUUGUACUCAUCCAACUAGGAGGAAAUGACAUCUCGGCGACAUUAUCCCCAGCGACAUGUUCCUGAGACUUCCGACACUGCAGGUGGACCUACAUCAUGCUGGAAUUCAGGAGGUGUACUUUUCAGAGAUUGUGCGACGUGGUAACUCUGACAAGUCCCCCGGCCUGACAACGACCUCUUUUGAGAAACAACGGAAGAAGAUAAAUGAACAACUGCUUACUAGAGGACUUUGACUGUGACCAAGUGCAUUUCACCAACUCAGGACCCAGUUCCAUGCUUUGAGACGACCAGUUUUUGUUUAAUUGAUUGAAAUUGAUAAAUAGAGGUUACACAACGAGUGGUUGUUGGAUAUGGAAUUUAUUUCACACGAGUAAGUUAUUUUUUAAA